AUGCAAACGUCUCGCUCGAGCAGCUACUACAUCUGUCUUGAACACAAGCUGCUGGGAAACUCUUUGCUGAAGCUGGAGGGAGACGAUCGGCUGGAUAUUAACUGUACUUUACCAUUAACUGACCAGAUCGUGCUGGUGGGCUCAGAGGAGGGUCUGUACGCUCUGAAUGUCAUCAAGAACUCCCUCACACACAUCCCGGGACUCGACUCUGUUUUCCAGAUCCAGGUCCUGAAGGAGCUCGACAAGCUGCUUAUGAUCACCGGUGAGGAGCGCGCUCUGUGUCUGGUGGACAUCAAACGGGUCAAACAGUCUCUGGCUCAGUCUCAUCUGCCGGCGCAGCCCGAUCUCAGUCCCUACAUCUUCGAGGCGGUGAAGGGCUGCCAUCUCUUCGCUUCCGGAAAGAUCGACACGUGCAUGUGUAUCUGUGCUGCGAUGCCCAAUAAAAUCACCAUCCUGCGCUUCAACGACACGCUCAACAAGUUCUGCAUCAGAAAGGAGAUCGAGACGUCUGAACCCUGCAGCUGCAUCCACUUCACCGGAUACAGCAUCAUCAUCGGCACCAACAAGUUCUACGAGAUCGAGAUGAAGCAGUACGUGCUGGAAGAGUUCCUGGAUAAGAACGACGUGACUCUGGCCUCGGCUGUGUUCGCCGCCUCGUCCCACAGCUUCCCCAUCUCCAUCAUCCAGGUGUCCAGCGCGCCGCAGAAAGUCGAGUACCUGCUCUGCUUCCACGAGUUCGGUGUGUUUGUGGAUGCAUACGGCCGCAGGAGUUGCAGUGAUGACAUCAAAUGGAGCCGCCUGCCUCUGUCCUUCGCGUACCGAGAGCCGUACCUGUUUGUGACCUACUUCAACUCUCUAGACGUCAUCGAAGUUCAGAGUCACUCUGCGCUCGGGCCUCACGCUUACGCUCACCUGGACAUUCCUAACCCGCGUUACCUGGGUCCGGCCAUCUCGUCCGGCGCCGUGUAUCUGGCCUCGUCCUUCCAGAACAAGCUGCGUGUGAUCUGCUGCAAAGGAAACCUGAGUCAGGAGGCAUCGACUGCAGAUCCGCAGAGAAACGGCUCCACGCGCAGCCCAAACAAACGCGGUCCUCCCACCUAUAACGAGCACAUCUCCAAGCGUCUGGCUGCUAUGCCCGAUGUACAGGAGGGCCUCCACCAGCCCGGGACGCCCCACCGCUACCACGAGGCUCGCACCGAGUUCAGGCGGGACAAGUCUCCCGCGCGGCCCCUGGACAGAGAGAAGUCCCCGGGCCGGCUGGAGCGGUCCCCCGGCAGGAUGAUGGACCCUCGGCUGGACCGCUCGCCGGGACGAGUCAUGGACCUGCGCAGGGAGAGGUCACCCGGCCACGCGUUUGAGGAGCCCCGCCAAAGACUGCACACGGGAUCAGCUCGAACCCCUAUCAACACUGUUAACAAGGUGUGGGAUCAGUCAUCGGUGUAAGAGUCAUCAGUCAAGAACAUCAGAUCUCGUCCGGAUGAGGAAACUCUCAGCACAACGUCUCGCUCACAAGGCCUUACAAACACAGACGAUCACACACAGAUCCGGCCAGCGUUUACUAAACCUCACACAUACACACUCUCUCGCACACACACACACACACACACACACACACACACACACACACACACAC